AUGGACCAGUACGGAUUAUUUUAUUAUUAUAAUAUCGAAGUAGAUGAGGAUAGCAGUAAGGCAUUUGAAUUAUUUUUAAAAGCAGCGAAUGAAGGUUGUUCAAUUGCGCAAGUUUAUCUUGCGAGAUGUUAUCAUGAUGGAUAUGGAAUUGAAAGUAAUAAAGAAUUAGCAUUUAAAUGGUAUCAAAAAUCUGUAGAAAAUAAAAGUAUUAUUGGUCAAUUUUAUUUAGGACAUUGUUAUGAAUUUGGUAUUGGAAUAAAAGAAAAUGCAAAGGAAAAAGUAAUUUGGUAUCAAAAAGCAGCUUGUAAUGGGAAUAUGAUUGCAAAACUUUAUUUGGCAGAUUGUUAUAGAUUGGGAAAAGGAAUUGAAAAGGAUGAAAAAAGGGCAUUCGUGUAUUAUGAAAACUUAGCCAAACAAGAGGUCUCUGAUGCUCAACAUCAAUUAGGAAAUUGUUUUUAUAACGGUAUUGGAACAAUAGUGGAUCUAGUCCUAGCAUCUUCAAAAGAUUUAGUAAAAGCCAUUUAUUGGUAUAAUAAAGCAGCAGAAGAUGGAUAUGAAAUUGCACAAUAUAAUCUCGGUAUUUGCUACCAAUUAGGAAUAGGUGUUGAUAUAGACGAAAUUAAAACUUUUGAAUAUUACAAAAAGUCUGCGGAAAAAGAGUAUGUAGAUGCACAAUUUCAACUUGCUUACUGUUAUAAUAAAGGAUUUGGAACUAGAAUAAACAAAUUAAAAGCUUUUGAAUUAUAUCGGAUAUCUGCAGGAAAGGGAUAUAGUAAAGCACAAAAUGUUCUUGGAGUUUUAUAUGAAAAGGGUGAACGUAUAGAAAAGGAUUUAGAAAGAGCUGUUUAUUGGUAUAAUAAGUCAGCGGAAAACGGAUAUGGUGUAGCACAAUAUAACCUUGGUCGGUGUUAUAAUUUAGGAAUGGGUGUUCAAAAAGACGAAACCAAAGCUUUUGAAUUAUUUAAGAGAUCGGCAGAGCAAGAAUGUUUAAAUGCACAAUUUGAGCUCGGAUUUUGUUAUGAUGAAGGAAUAGGAACUGAAAUCAAUAAAUUAAAAGCAUUCGAAUUAUAUAAAAUGGCAGCCGAUAAAGAGAAUAAUACAGCUCAAUGUAAUCUUGGUUAUUUUUAUGAAAAUAGUGAAGAUGUUCAUUAUUAUUUGGGUAAUUUUUAUAUGUUAGGAAUGGGCGUUGAAAAAGAUGAAGCUAUAGCUUUUGAAUAUUAUAAAAAAUCAGCUGAAAAGGGAUAUAGUAUUGCACAAUAUAAACUUGGUUAUUUAUAUGAGUGUGGUAUUUAUACAGAAAUAGAUUUAGAAAAAGCUACUUAUUGGUAUAAUAAGGCAAUAGAAAAUGAAAAUGAUGUUAUAAAAUAUUAUCUUGGUAUUUGA